UCGCCGCCGACAAGUUCGUUUUUAUUCCGCGUUUCUUAGUUUUUUUUUUUCUGAAAUUCGCGCUAAUUAAACUAAUAAUUGUUGUUGUUGCAUUGUGUGUGUGUUUUUUAGAUGUUGUAGCGUGGAAAAGAGCAAAGCCAAAGGCAGGCCUAUCCCAACAACAACAACAAGUGCGCGAACGAGCUAAUGCAGAAACAACAAUAAAAUUGUGGAAACAGCUGUUGAAGUUUCUUUUUCGCUUUUUGCCUUUUGUUUUUUUGGCCAAAAAUGCAAAAUUAAUACAAUGCGGCAGGCGAUAAAAUAGGCAAAAGCGAAAACUAACAAAACAAAAGCCAAAAGGCAUCUACCGUUAGGCAGCGCAAGAACUUAAAGCGAGCCAGCGAACGACAAAAACAAAAGCAACAACUAAGGAACGGCAAGAAAAGAAGCGAAGCAAAAAGAGGAAGAAGAAGAGUUUGCGCAGUCACGUGUGCAGUCGACGUCGACAGCGGCCGAGGCAGAGUCAGAGUCAGAAGCAGAGGCAGAGGCAGAGGCAGUGGCAGCGGCAGAGGAACAUUCCCAUGCGGAAAAUUCACAUUCGCGAAAAAAAUUGAAAAGCGAGACGACGAUGAUGAUGAAGCUGUUAAAGAAGGAGAGAAAACCAGCAACAACGGCCAGCAGCUGUUAGAGAGGGACAGCAUUUUCCGCCACUGCGCCAAUGUCUGAGGAGGAACCUUUGGGUCGCCUGUCGCAGAUCUUCGAUACGCUAACCAAUCUCCAGCAGCAGCAGCACCUGCGAUCCCAGGAGCAACUGCAUCCGCAUUCGCAGCAGUCGCCGGCGGAGCAGCGCAGGCGAUCCGCCUCCUCGUCGCCAUCGCCUUCGGCCAGUGUUUCGGCCUCGACAUCUGGGCGGGCCACGCCUUCCUUGGGCGUGGCCAGCCCACUAAACACACUGCAGUACUACAGCCACGCGCACAACUACUUGCUGCGGCCGCACGAUGGCGCCAGCAGUGGCUACCUGCACACCUUCCCGUCACACCUGUACCACCAUCAGCAGCAGCACCACCACCAAGUCCACCACCUGCAGCAGCACAGCCAGCCGCCCUCGCUGCCCACCCAGUUGGGCGGGGCUCGCGGCUACCUGUCGGGCUCGCAGUCGCUGCAAGGAUCACCGCUUUUGGCCAAGAGGGCCACCUCGUUCAGUGGCCAAAUAUCGGUGGCUCAGGGUCGUUUCGCUUCCGGAGGAACGGGAACUGCGUUGGCAUCGGGAUCCCUUGGCGUCACUGCAUCCACACCGAAUAGUCCCAGGCUGCUGCCCCGUCGAGUUCCACGCCCACCACCCAUUCCGGCCAAGCCGAAUCAGGUGAAGGCCUCCGCAGAGCAGACUCCGUCGAGGGAGCAAACUACCGCUGUCCAGUCCAGUGUGAACCCCGUGCUGGCGGCUCUAGAUGCACCGGAUGCUCCAUGGCCACACUUCUCGACGCUCACCGAGCACUUGGACGUGCAUCAGGUCAACAACUACGGCCAGGCACUGCCGGAGAUCAAUUGGCAGGAGAGAUGUCUGGAGCUGCAACUGGAGCUGCAUCGGUCGAAGAACCAGGCGGGGCGUAUACGUGAUAUGCUGCGUGAAAAGCUAACGGAGCUGGAGCAACGCGUCAUUGAAGCGGAAGAUCGCGCAGAGGAAGCGGAAGAUAAGGUGCGUGCCAUGGAGCAGCGGCUGAGUGAGUGGCCGAAGCCACCGCCUCAGCAGUCCCAGCAUCCGCAUUCCCAUCAGCACCAGCCAGUGCCCAGUCAUCCGCAGGAGCAGCAGGCCAGGGGCAAUAGUUCUCCGAGUCAUCAGGCAGGCGGAUCUACAGCAGCAGGAUCAGGCGCACCGCCGCCCACCCAGGAAGCGGAGAAAACUAUAACUUCUCUGGAGAUCCAAGUGGAGGAACAGAGGCAACUGCGACUCCACGACGCCCGGCAAAUCGAAGCCAAGGCCGCCAAGAUCAAGGAGUGGGUAAACAACAAGCUCCGCGAUCUCGAGGAGCAGAAUCAGUUACUGCGUGAGCAAAACGUAAAGUGCAAUCAGCAGUUGGAGUUGCUCAAGAAUCACAUAGCCAAUCAGUCCCAGCGGCAUAGUAUCGUAGGUCCUGUCCGAAACAGCCUCAGCCUAGACGUCCAGGACUUCGCCGGGUCCGGAUCCAAUCCCGAACAUCGGCGGAGAAGCGAAAGCCUAGACCCCCAGGAGAUUAUUGGCCGACCCCUAACCAGCUCAUAUCCCCAUCACCAGCACAGGAGAAACCUCUCGAUGGAGCCCCAGGAACUGGAACGAAACCUGGUAGCUGCGGUGGAUGGCCUAACCCUCGCUCCACUGUCCAGCAUAUCUAGCGAAGCUCCCGGAGGAUGCCCAACUGGGGCUGGGGGCGUUCCCAGGCCUGACAGCUCCGACACGGAUACAGCCCAUGACUAUGCCGAGAUUUACACGCCAUCCUGCGAAAAGCUACCCGCCUGGAUGAAGAACAAUCCGGCUCUGAUGGCCAGUGGUGGGAAUUCCAGCACCACCACAACCACCACCAGUGAACUAGGCGUGCCACGGCCACCGACGCCACCGCUGCAUCGGUUUCCAAGCUGGGAGGCCAAGAUCUACCAAGUGGCCAACGAUGGGCUGGCGGGAUCGGGAACGGGAACGAGUACCGCUGAGAGUGCGGCCAGUCAGGAGCCAGAUAUUCCAGAGGGAACGGGAACCAAUCUUUCCAAUGGCCGACGACACGGUCACAGCCAUGGAUCUGGGACAGGAGAAGGACACGGUACCCUGGGCAGCACGCCUGGAACCCCGCUGCCGCCCUCAAGGCAACAACAAACCGCCAGCGGCGGCUUCUGUGAUAUAUCCGUGCCCGUCUACGCAACGGUUAAGGGUCGAGCCUCGCAAAUCCGUUCGAUGCCAUUUACAGGCGAUUCAAGCGACGACUCCAGUGACGGCGAAGACCAUGCGGUGAUGCUCACCCACCACUCGCACAACUCCUCAAGCACGGACAACACGGAGACCUCCACCUCUGGCAGUGUUUCCAGCCCCUCGAAGAGUCUGAAGACCUCUUCCAGCUUGAGUCCGGCUAAACGAAGUGGUUCGGAAAGUCCCAAGAACGCCAAGGCGCGUGUACACCUCCAACCAUGCACAUCCACAACCACAAACUCCAGCCACAUCAUCCAGCAUCUCCAACCGCAAUCGCACCACCAACACCACACACUGCCCCACCAACACCAAAAUCAUAACCACCAGCUGGGAGCCUACACGCUGGCGCCUUCGAGCAGGCAGAUAACGCUGCCACGCCCCCAUACGCCCACGCGGCACUGCCACGCCCUACAAUCUGGCAACGCCCCCUACCCCCUCCAGCACAUACGUGGCACAGUAAUUUCAGAUCUCUCCUUUGAAUCAGGCCUCUCGGACGACUACGCCUUGCCCCCCGACGCCGUAUCGGAGUCAACGUGCAUGGACGCCUCGAUGCCAUCGCUACUGAUGCGACAGUCCUACGUGGAUUCGCCUAGCAAAAAGAUCGAGUCGUUGGAAAAGAUGGGCCACCUGGCCAAGCUGGGUGGCAAGUUGAAGACUUGGCGGAAGCGCUGGUUCAUUUUGAAGAACGGAUCCCUCAACUACUGGAAGAGCCAGCAUGACGUGCAGCGGAAGCCACAGGGUCAAAUCCAACUGGAUGAGGCCUGUCGCAUCAAUCGGGCAGAGGGAGCCUCAACCUUUGAGAUUGACACUGGCAAGAAGGUCUACUACCUCACGGCGGACUCGCACGCUACCAUGGACGAUUGGAUUCGAGUACUGCAGAACGUGCAGCGCAGGAAUGCCACGAAGCUGCUGCUGAGUCGCGAUGACCAGAAGCCCACAGUGCAGGGUUGGGUGACCAAGGUGAAAAACGGACAUCCCAAGAAGUGUUGGUGUGUGCUGUUGGGCAAGAUGUUCCUCUACUUCAAGGCUCCUGCUGAGACGAAUCCCCUGGGUCAAAUUAAUAUGCGCGAUGCCCGAGUUGAGGAAGUGGAACACGUCUCCGAUUCUGACUCAGAGGAGCGCGAGGACGCCGCCCAGGAUCAGGCUAGACUCACGGUGGCCAUCUACCCGGCACACCAGGGACCAACCUACCUGAUUCUGUCCGGGAAACCAGAGAGAGAUAACUGGCUCUAUCACCUAACCGUCGUUUCUGGCGGCGGCCCAAGUGCUGGCACACAGUACGAACAACUCGUCCAGAAGCUCAUGGAGACCGACGGCGAUCCGAACUGCGUCCUGUGGCGCCAUCCCAUUCUGCUGCACACCAAAGACACAAUCACGGCCCCGCUCUCAUCUAUGCACACCGAAACCAUGCAUCCGGAGGCCAUUAAGCUUUUCAAGAGCAUUCAGCUGUUCAUGUCGGUGGCGGUCAACCAGCCAGGCAUCGACUACCACGUGGUGCUCGCCCAGAACGCUCUGCAACAUGCUUUGGAUAUGCCCGAGCUGCAAAUGGAGAUGAUCUGCAUCCUGAUUAAGCAGACCUCCCGCCACAUGGGCCAGAAGCUCAGUGUCGGCGUCCAGGUAAACAAGAAGCUGGGCAAGCAAACGCGCCAACUACUGUUGUGCGCCACCCAAAGCCUAUUCACCUGUGAUACCCAACAGGCGGGCCACGCCCAAGCCAACGGCAGUUCGCCCACAUCCAUACAGGCUCCAGCUUCCACGCCCAUUAUCGACUGCAAGAGCAACCCGCCCGCCUACAGCUUUGUCCAGGGCUGGCAGCUCCUGGCUUUGGCCGUGUCACUAUUUGUCCCACGCUCGAGUCGCCUUCUGUGGUACCUCAAGCUCCAUUUGUCCCGGAAUGCAGAUACCAAGACGGAGACUGGAAAGUACGCCGCCUACUGUGAAAGGGCUCUGGAGAGGACCCUGAAAAACGGAGGUCGCGAGACCAAGCCCUCACGGAUGGAGGUGCUGUCUAUUCUGCUGAAGAAUCCGUAUCACCACUCUCUGCCACAUGCUAUUCCCGUGCACAUGAUGAACACCACCUACCAGGUGGUUUCUUUCGACGGCUCCACUACCAUCGAAGAGUUCCAAUCCACUUUGGCUCACGAGCUGGGCACGAGGGAUGCAACCAACGGGUUUUGCCUGUUUAGCGACGAUCCUAUCGAGAAGGAUCUGGAGCACUACCUAGAGCCGCUAGCCAAGCUGUGCGACGUCAUCAGCAAGUGGGAGACAGCGCUGCGGGAGAAGGGAUCUGGCAAGUUCGAGAAUUCACGAGUGAUCCAACUGAGCUACAAGAACCGCCUAUAUUGGAAGCACACCAUCAAGUGCGAGACGGACAAGGAACGAUUGCUCCUCUGCUACCAGACCAAUUCUCAGAUUGUCCAGGGCAGAUUCCCUUUGUCUAGGGAACUGGCUUUGGAGCUAGCUUCGCUUAUGUCCCAGAUCGACAUGGGCGACUACUCGCUAGAAAAGUCUAGGGAUGUCGGCGUAGGCUUGAAGGGUCUGGACAAGUUCUACCCGUAUCGCUAUAGGGACGCCCUGGGUACCGAGCAGCUGAAGGAUGUGCAGGAACUGCUGGUCUCGAAAUGGAUGCUUCUCAAGGGUCGCUCCACAUUAGAUUGUGUGCGCAUUUACCUCACCUGCUGCCGGAAGUGGCCAUAUUUCGGAGCCUGCUUGUUCCAGGCUAAGCCCAGACAGAGUUCGGAAUCGAAUAUCACCACGGGAACAACUCCGGUAGCCUGGUUGGCGGUGGCGGAAGAUGCCCUGAAUGUGCUCGAGCUUUCCACAAUGGCUCCAGUGGCCAGGUAUCCUUAUAGCUCUGUGAUGACCUUUGGCGGCUGCCAGGACGACUUCAUGCUGGUGGUUUCCCACGAUGACGGCGGAGGCUGUGAGCAAAAGCUUCUCUUUGCAAUGAGUAAGCCCAAGAUAUUGGAGAUAACGCUGCUCAUAGCGGACUACAUGAACGCUCUGGGUCACACUGUGCCCGGAACUCCGCAGAUGAACUCACUGACCCGAAAUGGAUCGCAUCGCUCGCUUAGAACCUCCCAGCGUCCGACUUUGGGUGGUGGCUCGGCAGUCGCCACCGGUUUCUCCACAAAUGCCACCACCACGGCCCACAACACACUUAAUUCGCAUGCAACGCACACGCUCAACUCAAACCACUCGCAUACGCUUAGCAGUUCCCAUCACACGGGCGGAGGAAGUCAACCCGGCACACUUAGCUCGGGACACCAUCAGCAGCACCACCAUCACCAUCAGCCUGAUAUACUGAAGAGCACGCCAGAUCACCAGAGGAUCAAGUAGAGCUACUGAUCGUGGGAACACUAAAAGGACGAUGUUAUCUUAUUGAUCGAGGAUAACAGGAAAGAGGAUCACAGGGAUAAAAGAAAUAGGAGCCAGUGCAUCCUAGUGCUCAUGGAUCACACAUUGUACAUAAACGAGGAUCACACAUAAACAGACAUAUACGACUAAACGGAUACAUAUGCACCAGCCUAGCGGCAACAAAUAUUCACCUAAAGAUAAAAAGUUAUAAGGAUAGAUGGAUAGCGAUAGAGAGACGACUUGGCCUGCCCGGCCUGAGAUGGACCUUCUCCCUGCGCACCACUCACACUAAAGUUCUCGUACUCUAAACUUAUAUUGUAGGCAGCAGCGGAAGCAGCAGCAGCAGCAACAAGCAUAUAUAUAAAUAUAUAUAUUUAUCUAUUUAAUUUUUUUUGAAUAGUCCUAAGCCAGCGUACCCCAGAAUGCAUGAGGUAUGUAAAACGUAAACAGAACAUGAAUCUCAAUGUUUAGAUUGUUCUCGUCUUAUUUUUGUUAUUUUAACCAAGAAACCAAGAAACCAACAAACAAGCAAACACAAUGCCAAACACACCUAUAGAAAUGAUAUAUUCGAGUGUUCUCGCUCUUCGAUGCUUUGUAAUGAAUCUCAAUUUGUAAUUGUCCCUCCAUGCGCGAAACUGCCUUUUGAAUUUGUAGAUGUCGGAGCCAAGAACGAGAAAUCAAAUGAAAAAGUAUAAACGAUUCCAAGAACAAAACAAAAGCAACUAGAAACUAGCAUUAGCCGAAACUAAUCGAGAAAACAAGCAAAUAUUUUGUAAACGAUUUUUCAAGCCCAGUCAAGGAUCAUCAACUAAGCAUCCCCAUCUUCACCUAGACUUAUUGUUACGCCAGCGAUUGGUACCGCUUUCCGCUUGAACCAAAGCACCGAUUUUAUAGACCACGUUUUUAGUUUUUAACGAGAUAUCUGACAAAAACUCACUCGCCAGAGCUCCACUCUCUCUAAUUAUUUAUUCCCCACUUUUUUACACAUCCCCACAGAAGCAUAUGCAUUCAUAUAUAUAUAUAUAUAUAUAUAUAUAGAAAGAGAGAUCGAGCGUAUAUAUGUAUUCGGAUUCGAUAUUUAACAAAAUUAUACACACCAAAUUAACAAUAUAAUAGUGUAUCUGGUAACAGCGCAUUUUUUCCUAAUUGUAAAGAUUUGAUAUUACAAAUUUAUAUGCGCCGAGACGCAACGAAAACGAAAACAGAAACUAAACAAAUGAAUUAAGCAUCUCAUUGGGAAGAAUCGAAAGACGAAGGCUUGCAAGUGGAUAUAAACUAUAUAGGCGAAUGUAUCACAUCACACUCCAGUGAAACGAAAUAUAUAUAAUGGAAAUUAACAAUUAAAACUAAACCAAAAAUAA